AUGCCGCAAAACUGUUGUGUCCCUGAGUGUACAAAGAAAAUUUACGUCGAAAAUGGAAUCAAAAUCUCGUUUCACAAGUUCCCUGAAGACCAAGAUAUAUUUAAAAAGUGGAUAGUCGCUAUUCGAAGAGAUUUAGGGAGAGAUUUUCGUGUUACAGAGCAUACUAGAGUCUGCUCGCGACACUUCAAGCCGCARGACUACAGACCUUCUUUCGGUGGCCGUAAAAAAACAUUACUACCUGGAGCCAUACCAUCAAUUUUUCCCUGGAAAGAGGGUUCUCCAGCUCGUAGGAGAUCCCCUAGAAAGAGGCCUWUAUUUGUUAAAGAAAAAGCCGUCGCUUCUACAAAUAAUGACAAUCUCGCCGCGUGCAGUACUACAACAACAUGCGAUGUUGAGGAAUUUCCGGUCUCGCACGAAGAAACUCCCGGAGAAACUUCAAUGGACAUCGACACACAACCAAACCAACAAGCAUUUCCAGACUACGAAGACCUCAAAUGUGAGUACACUCGGAUGUCAAAUGAACUUUCCCGUGCUACGGARAUUCAGGAAGCACUUCAAUCCAGAAUCGAGGAUCUGGAACGUCAAGUACUCGACUUGAAAAGCAAAGCGUUUAGCGCUGAUAACCUAACCAAAGCAGACAAAGAUGUGGCGUUCUAUACAGGAUUUUCUUCUGUCCUUAUUUAUGAAGCAGUUUACAAAUUUUUGGACCCUGGAGAGCGUGGCGAAAACAUAAACUACUGGCACUCAACACCAGAUACUACACAGAGUGACAAAGACAAAGAAACGGAAAUACCAAAGCAGGGUAGGCCUCGACAACUUUCUGCCAAAGAAGAAUAUUUUUUGACAUUGUGUAGACUAAGACAAGGGUUUAGAGAGCAACACUUGUGUCAUUUGUUUAAURUCUCCCAACCUACAAUYAGUCGAAUUGUCAUUUCCUGGAUCAACUUUAUGUUUUUAAGAUGCAGUGUUGUUCCUAUUUGGGCCUCUAGAUCAUUGAUAGACGAACAUAUGCCUGCAGAUUUCCAGGAAAAGUAUCCAAACACAAGAGUGAUAAUAGACUGUACAGAGAUUCGUUGCCAAAUGCCGAAAAGCCUCCGUUUGAACAGCGAACUGUUCAGCAAUUAUAAAAAUCAUACCACCUUGAAAGGACUAGUUGGUGUUUCUCCUGGCGGUGCCUUUACUUUCAUAAGCCAAUUGUACACUGGACGAAUUYCGRAUAAAGAAAUCGUUUUAAGGUCAGGCAUAUUAGAUUUACCCUUUGACAAUGGAGAUGUCAUUAUGGCAGACAAGGGGUUCACGAUAGAGGACUUGAUGCCAGUUGGAUGUUCRGUAAAUUAUCCUCCCUUCCUGGGAAGGGAUGUACAGAUGAGUGCAGAGGAUGUUGCCAAAACACAGUCAAUUGCCUCAUUAAGGAUUCAUGUCGAAAGAGCCAUAAACAAGGCAAAGAACUUUCACAUUUGGGACAGUGUGAUUCCUUUUUCACUCUUUGGGGUAGUUAAUCAGAUGUGGUCAGUGAGUUGCUUUUUGUGCAAUUUGCAAAACAGCAUAAUAAGCAAAUAA